AUGAUUGUUCAUUCCAACCUCCCUCUCCCUGGUCACCAGGUGAAGUAUUGGAUCUAUGGGGAUCCUGAGGCUGACGCCCAGGUGAUGGAUGUGAAGACAACCCAUGCUGAGCUGGCCAACCUGUACCCCUAUUGUGACUAUGAGAUGAAAGUGUGUGGCUACAACGGCCUGGGAGACGGAAGCUACAGCGACAUGGUGCCCUGUCAAACCCUGGAGGAUGGUGAGUGAGGUCACGUCCUGUUCCUGUCUAAAGAUGUACUACAUAUAUUUUAUUUGAAAAAACUACAAUUCUAGGAUUGUGGACCGUUUUCUUUCUUAGUUGAAUGUUGUUGGGUCGACACGGCACGUAAGCUCAAAGAUUGUGUAGAUAGUUUUCUGCCUUUCGUACCUUGUGAUUCACUUCCUGUCUCCUUUCUCCUCCAGUCCCCAGUGAGCCCGGCCGUCUGGCGUUUAACGUCAUCAGUCCAACUGUCACUCAGGUCAGCUGGGCGGAGCCUGCAGAGACCAAUGGUGUCAUCACCGCCUACGAGGUUCUCUACACGCCCAUCAAUGACGACACGAGUGAGUGACCAAUCAAAUCAAAAGAAUCUCGGAAUUAUGUCUGUGCUUUUAAGACUUUCUAAAGGACCACACACACCACACUGAAUGUUGAUCUGCCGUUCGUCUGCUGGUCAUUCGCGCUGUGUUUUAGUCUGACUGACAACAUUUUCAUGCUAUUCUACAUGUAAAAUCGGUUUGCACUCGGUUCGCAAAUUACGGCCGGCACUCUGUUUAGAGGUGCUAAGUACUCUCGGCCGGCAAACGCUACUGGUGUGUCCGAGUCUCAACACAUUCUCCUCUCCCUCCCUCUUCCCCUGUAGAGCCGAUGGGUGCAGCUAAGAAGGUGAAGAUAGACAACCCUAAGAAGAGGAUGUUGCUGAUUGAGAACCUGCAGUUAGCCCAGACCUACUGCUAUAAGGUCCGUGCUAAGAACAGCGUUGGCUGGGGUCCCUUCAAAGAAGCUACCAUCAACCUGGCCUCCCAGCCCACCAGACCCAUGUCCAGUGAGUAAAUUAGAGCAGAAGAGACGUUCCGUCUAGAAGGGCAUCUAAUAUGAUCUUGAUUGUUACUGCUAAACAUUUGUGUCUAGCAAACCAGAAAGCGAAUGUUUCAAGAGAGCUUGCCUUAAUCCAUCGCUCUUCCUCUCCUCCUCCCCCCCCCUCCUCUCCUCCUCCUCCCCUCCUCCUCCCCUCCUCCUCUCCUCCUCCCCUCCUCCUCUCCUCCUCCUCUCCUCCUCUCCUCCUCCCCUCCUCCCUCUCUCCUCCCCCCCCCCUCCUACCUGUAGUCCCUAUCAUCCCAGACAUCCCUAUAGUGGACGCGGAGGCGGGCGAUGAGUACGACGGCUAUCUGAUGUACAGCAGUGAGGUCAUGAAAUCACCAACAGGCUCCAAGAGACCCAGCGUCUCAGACGAAGGUGGGUACCCACAGACUACGGCACCUUUCCUGGCUGGUAUUAUGCGUCUCUCUGCAGUCUAUCUUCAGUGGUGUACUGGGAGUUUGGUUUUGUAUUGUGUUUUGAGUGGACCCAGAGGAAGAAUAGUUGUUGCUAAUUAACAGCUAAUGGGGAUGAAGCUCGCUGUGUUGAUCACCAAAGGGAUUUUUCCAUGUUGGCUUGUUGUUUUAGAUUUACACGUGUUGGGCCAGUAGCCCGCUAAUGAAGCCAGUGAGCUUCAGUGCUCUGUGAAACCGAGUGAAUGCAGACUGGACAGGACAGGACAGUUAUAGAUGGGUUCCGUGGAGCAGAAAGAGACGUGUCUAUCCAUCUUCUGUAGUCCAGUCCUCUGCUCACUGAAGCAGACAGAGAAAGAAAGAGAAACUGAAAAAAGGUCUUAAAGUGUCACGGUCAAAAUGGCAGACAAAAUAGGAGGGUCUCCUCCAUUGCUCUCGCUCUCUUUCACUUUCUGUCUCUGUUUUCAUUCUUUCUCUUUAUUUAUUUAUUUCCUUCUCCCCCCCUCUCUCUCUCUCUCUCUCUCUCUCUCUCUCUGAAGUGUCUUUUAAUAAACAGACUUUAUUUUAGACCAUCAGAUCACAAAAUGGUGUCUCUUCUUUAUAUUCUUCUUCAUGGCUUUAUCAUGCCAGUCAAACCUCUCCUGUCGUUGCUCUGUAGUUUAGAUAACACAUAAUCUACAUACAUCCAGCCUCCUCCUCUUCCUCCUCUGUCAACUCCUUCUAAUCACCUCGCUUCACAAAAACAACUGCCAUGCCAACCAUCAAUCCAGACCCCCCCCCCCCCCCGCCUGCUUGCCUCUCCUCUCCAUAACAAGGCUUUAUCAAGUUGGUGGGUUCCAAGCUGGACCUGCGUUCGGUGUCCUGGAAGAGGCAUGUGGAUGUGAUCCCCUACCGCCUCAGCACAGACACAGAGACCAGCACCGACGAGACCCCCCGGCCCAGCCGAACACAGACACCCCAUCAAGGUGAAGUCCACUAGACAACAGACAGAUGGCAUGCCAGCUACUGUGUACGUCAGGCACAAACCACCCAAUGCAGCUGCAGAGCCCCCUAUACCACCACCUCUGUCUGCACAAAGUCUUCAGAUCUCUAAUCAACAUCACGUUUCCGCCCUCCAAUCUACCCCUACCCCUGGUUCUGGUCUGGCCUCUUCCCCUGUUGCACCUCAACCCUCCCACCCAAAGGGUCUUCACUUCCAGGCAUCAACUGCCCCACCGCCAGUUGAUGGUCAUGACAGGAUUUUCCAGGUGCGCCUCUGUCUCUCCUGUCUGCACUCUUUACACCUCUAUGUGGAGAGAUGCCCUGGGAAGUAGGCAGGUUAAGUUUAGGCAUUAACUCCAAAAUAUUAAGGUUAGGCAUUAACUCUGAAUGGUUAAGGGUUAGGGUUAGGCAUUAACUCUGAAUGGUUAAGGUAAGGGUUACAGUUUGGGAUAGGCUUACAGCAAAAAAUCUCAAAAACUACUUUUCUAUCGCUGGAUUCGAACAUGCAACCUUUUGAUGCUUACGCCCAGCCACCAUCCCCGUCCACAAUGCCCUAGCAAAACUGAAACCUACUUGAAGGUAACAGCGCUCACUGUUGCCCCUAGUGGCCGGUUUCCACCUCAUCUCCUGAUGUCCUCAGGUGGAUGGAUGGACGUCUAAUACUGAUUUGUAUCACGGUUGACCUGGCUAUGUAUAAAGGCCUCUCAUGGCUGUGAAAGUGGUGAUACCAAAUAUAUGUAUGUCCCUGUGUUCAGUCUAAGGUUGUAAGGUGGCCGUUUCUCUUGCAGUUUGUUGUGAUUUGCCGCUAUUGACAUACUUUAAUCAAUUAUUUUUUUUCAAGAUUUUCUGUUUGGGUUAUGUUGGGUUCCAGAAUGUUUGGUUUGGGUUAUGUUGGGUUCCACAAUGUUUGGUUUGGGUUAUGUUGGGUUCCAGAAUGUUUGGAUUGGGUUAUGUUGGGUUCCAGAAUGUUUGGUUUGGGUUAUGUUGGGUUCCAGAAUGUUUGGUUUGGGUUAUGUUGGGUUCCAGAAUGUUUGGAUUGGGUUAUGUUGGGUUACAGAAUGUUUGGUUUGGGUUAUGUUGGGUUCCAGAAUGUUCUUGAUGUUCUUUCUCCUCUGGCUCUCCUCUAUCAUUCAGAACCAACGAACGGCAGGUUGGAACAGAACUUCCUCUUCCCCGGGGGUAAUAAUUCCAUGUCGCGCAGUGCCAAAAUGUCUUCAUCCAGCUACAGCCAGGUGUCUCCCAUGUCCACCCUCAGCUCCAGCCACCGAGGAGGGGCCGGGGGGUCCAUGACCACAGAGUCCACCACAACAUACCUCUCUGGACAAGGUACGGAUGGAUGCAGAUUCUUUCUCAAAAUGUGUCAGCUUUUGAAUCUUUCUGUUGACUUACGAUGAUAUGACAGUGGCAAGUAAUUCCAGCUGGCUUGUCUUCACCAGAACAGUACCCUAUACAGAGUUCAGCAAACUUGGAGAUUUCGAGUUUCAAUGCGAAACGUGUUGACACCAAAAGUUUGACGACCUUGCACUCAGAAUCGAUGUAUUUGGUAGUCAUCAUUAUUCUACGCCUGUCUCUUCUCCUCUCCUACAGGAGGAAACUCUCUCUCCCGCACACAGGUGAUUGGGGGCGGGACGCGCACAGAGAAUGUUGUCAUGAGGAAGCGAUCAGAGAACAGAGGUUACUAUGAGUAUGACGACAACAUCCGAGAUUCCAUCGUCAUAGGAGACCUGUCCAGUGGAUUGUCUGGAUACACAGAUGGCCAAAGUAAGAUUAGUUGAAGUUUAAACAUAUAUUUUUAAGCAUAUUUUCAGCUCUUUGAGUUUAAAGAGCUGAUAAUUUACAGUCCACACUGACACAGGUCACAGGCAUGAGGUUACACCGAGCCAUUGAGAUGAGGUCUUUGACUAUGAGGUCUUUGACUAUGAGUUCUUUGCUAAUCCGUCACAUAGUUUUCAGAUCUUUCUGACCUCUACUGUUAAAAGCUGGAAGAAGCUCAUCUGUUUGUCUGUAGCAAUCAUGGCUAUAAAUGUCAUAUAUACAAAUAAUCUACAGCAGGCUUACUGAUGAGGUGCAUGAGGCGGAUGGCUUGGAUAUCUGUUAUCGAUUACUGGGGUUGGUGGCUUCACAGAGCUAUGCAGGCGCUAUGCUGACUGUCGCUCUCCUCUUCUCCUGUUGUUCUCCAUCCUUCAAUCCUCUCCUCUCUCUCGCUCUCUCUCCUCCCUCCUUUUCCUCCCUCUGUUACUUCCCCCACUCUUUCACUUCCUUCCCUCCCUCUCCUGUCCUCCUUCUCCUUCCUUUUGCUCCCUUUUGCUUGCUCCCUGCAUCCUCAGGUACGUAUGGCUUCAGCCCCGCUCAGUCACAGAGCCAGUACGCCUACAGUAUGUCUCAGGCCUUCCGGGCCAGGACCCAGUCUGAGGAUGUCAACGAUGCACUGCUGAACCUAGACAGGGUGCUCCAGGGUGAGUCUGUCUGUCUGUCUGCAGCACACACAGCUGUCCUCUCUCACACCACUGGGACAAUAGCAGGGCCUGAAGAGCACUAUGGCUGCAUGGUAGGGCUUACCAUGCCCAUAGCUAGUGUUACAGGAAGGCUUUGUGUUGCUGAAGCAGUUUUUUUGGUGUGAUGCAUGUUUUUUUUUUUUUUAUAGGGAAAGCUAUCUCUUUCUCCGUCUUUCUCUCACUCUCACUCUCUCUCUCUGCAUCACGCUCACGCCCCUCUCACUAAUCCGAUCUAAUUUAGUGAUAGUCUAUGUAACUCCUGUAAUUUUGACUCCACUUAACCCCUAACCUCCCUCCUUCCCUAAACCCAUCUCUCUCUCUCCCCUUCUCUCAUUUACAUAUUUUUCUCUCCCCCGUCAGAAUCUCCUUUGGCCCCUGGGGUCCCUGACACCCCCAGCAGGCUGAUAUUCUCUGCCCUGGGCCCUACGGCCCUGAAGAUUAGCUGGCAGGAGCCCCACUGUGACAGGGAUGUUCUGGGGUACUGUGUCCUCUACCAGCUGCUCAAUGGAGGUAUGGACCCAUGACCAUCUGUCACAUUGUGAACACGUUGAGGGUAUAGACCCAUGACGAUUUGUCACAUUCUGAACACGUUGUGUUUUGUUGAUGUGCAGAAGAAUAAUAUUGUUUUUCACUUGGAACCUGUUAACAUAGUUGUCAGGUUUGAUUGAAUAGGAUCCUGAAAUUGAGAUCCGAACCGAAUUGGAUCUGUGAAAUUCCCUUCCGACAUUGACAGGACCCGGUAAUUUUUUUUGAAAAUCAAUACCCGAUCCGAUCCAAAAUAUGUCAGAGAUGAGGUAGAAUCAGAUCCAAACUGGAUCGGGUCUGUGUCAGACUGAAAUGGAUCUACAUUUACAUUUUUACAUUUUAGUCAUUUAGCAGACGCUCUUAUCCAGAGCGACUUACAGGAGCAAUUAGGGUUAAGUGCCUUGCUUAAGGGCACAUCAACAGAUUUUUCACCUAGUCGGCUCGGGGAUUAGAACCAGCGACCUUUCGGUUACUGGCACAACGCUCUUACCCACUAAGCUAUCUCCCGCCGUAAGCUGUAGUGUAGACCACGACUCAAUUAUUUUAGAUAGGCCUACAACAGAAAAUGCAUGUGAACCGUUAAUGCAGCUUCAUUGCUGCGCACGCCAACAUAAUUGUUUUGGCUUGUCUGUUAGACAGUGAACAUUAACGGUUCACAUGCAUUUUCUGUUGUAGGCCUAUCUAAAAUAAUUGAGUCGUGGUCUACACUACAGCUUACGGCGGGAGAUAGCUACACUACAGCUUAGUGUUUUCAUAAAUGACAUCCCUCAUUUAAAAUGUGGACACAGUGAGAAGGGAAGGGGUGUGUGGUGAUGUCACUACUAGUCUUGUCUCUGCAGAAUGAUCUCUGUUUCCCGCUAAUUAAUGUGCAUUCAUUGUUUCAUUGUGUGAAUUGUUUGUUAAUGUUUAUUUUUUAUAUUUUUUGUUAGAGCACGCAUAGAAGUACCUGGCCUGUGUGCAAAUGUAGGCCUAGAAAAGUUGCCAUUUGGGGAUGUCUGAUAAUAUUUCUGAUCGUCUUAACUAACCACCAUGUAUGAUCUGCGGAGCUUCUCAAAGUGGUUGUUCCAUCGCCUCACACAGGAAGUCAACAGAGUGUUUUACAACCAUUGUGAACGACAAUAGUUCCUCACUCUUUCUCGAUAGGCCUAAGUAACCACCACGCCUCGUGUGAAAUAGCAACAUAUUGCUGAUCCCAUAUCUCCAGUGGAAAACAGUGAAGGCCCAGUUGAAACAAUGUUGCAAGUUCGCUUCAGCGAGAUCUCAAGCCAGACAGAGAGGCAGACAGGAGGAGGAGAGAGAUGAAUCCUACUUACUGAACCAACUGCCAUGCGUAGCAAAUGUGAUUUAUAGAGGAUAUUUAUUUAUCAUCAGGAUAUUUUCUUCAAAUAUAGUUUGGGAUCUGGGCAGCAUUUCACAUAUGAUCAGACUGAUCCGAGGUCCGUGGCCGCCGAGCAUUAUCCGAGGGUCAACUACCGUAUUUUGGAUCCAACCUGUUCGGAUACCGAGUCGGAUCUCGGGUAUAUGCGUGAAGACCUCUACAUCAAGCUAUGCCAUAUAUACAAAAGUAUGUGGACACCACUUCAAAUUGGUGGAUUCUACUAUUUCAGCCCCACCCGUUGCUAAUAGGUGUAUAAAAUUGAGCACACAGCCAUGCAAUCUCCAUAGAAAAACAUUGGCAGUAGAAUGGCCUUAAUCCUUGAUCACACUGACAGCGUAAUUCAGAUACCGGGUCGGAUCUCGGGUAGGAUCUUGGGUAAUCGGGUUUGGGUAUAUCCGUGAAGACUUCUGGUAGGAUUUGAAGAAAGCCCUAUCAACUUUUUUAGAUCUCAUAGCCUUGCCCCAGCAUCCCUCUACAGUAAUAUUAAACCCCUUGUCUCUCUCUCCAGGUGAUGUGAAGCGUAUAAACAUGUCCAGCCCAGCAGACAACUCUGUGGUGGUGCAAGACCUGCUGCCUAACCACUCCUACCUGUUCAAGGUGAAGGCUCAGAGUCAGGAAGGCUGGGGACAGGAGAGGGAGGGAGUCAUCACCAUAGAGUCAGCUGUGGACCCCAACAGCCCACUCAGCCCAAUGCCAGGUAAUCAGCGAUACGUCUUUGCCUCCCAUUGUGGAUCCUUCGUAUCCUCACUCCUUUGGUUAGCUGAUUCGCCUCUGACCUAUGACCUCUAGCUCUCUGUUUCUGAUUUACUCAACAUUUACUUUCUCGGCUCUGAAUUCCCACUUUACGACGGUGCUUUGCGCUCAGGCCAGCUCUCCCACACAAAGCAGGACCCAGGAAGCGAGAGAGCCCCGGGAUCACUCUCCCUGCGACUCUCUCGGAAAAGAUCUCUCGAAAAAAAAAGGGCAGAUCUGAGCGAUCAGUCUCUCCCUCUUCUCUGCUCAUCUCUCUCCUCGCUCUCUCGCUCCCCCCCACUCCUCUCUCUCUCUCUCCUCUCUCUCUCUCUCUAUCCCCCCCCUCCCCCCCCUUCCAGGUUCUCCCUUCACUCUCAGUACCCCCAGUGCUCCCGGCCCCCUGGUGUUCACAGCUCUGUCCCCCGAGGCACUGCAGCUGAGCUGGGAAAAACCCCGCAAACCCAACGGAGACAUCCUGGGCUACGUGGUCACCUGUGAACAUCUGCACGGAGGAGGUGAGACUGAGCACUGACUCCAGAUCAGAUUUGGGGGAUUUUAGAGCUUUUUGUCAAUAGUCAUUUGCUAGGAUUUAUACAUUGACGUGAUCAACAGAGACACAUGUCAAUUUUGCCGGUCUUCUUGACUUGUUAUGGACAAUGCUAGUAAAUGACCAUUAACUUUCGUAGUCCUGUUUAUGUUCACUUUCAUUACCUAUUCUAAUCCCCACUUUCCCCCUUCUCUCCAUCUCCCCUCCAGGUGACGUGCGUUCCUUCCAGGUGAGCGGUGACAGCGCUGAGACCAGUCUGACGGUUCCGGACCUGAUUGAGAACAUGCCGUACAAGUUCAAAGUUCAGGCCAGGACGACCGAGGGCUUCGGCCCCGAGAGGGAGGGCAUCAUCACCAUCGAGUCUCAGGAUGGGGGUAAGAGGACAGUCUCUUUUAUCUUGGAUUUUAUUUAGUGUUUAAAUUGAAAUGAAUAAGGUGUCGGUACUCACUUUAAGUUGACCAUACUGGGUUUCAUAUUUAGAAGCCAGUAUUCUAUACGUUUGUACAUUUGGAAUGAUAUUGUAUACUAAUGUAUGAUUCUCUGUCCCUCCUUCUCCCUUCUGCAGGAGACAUGUCUCAACUAG